CGACACUAAACAGAAGAUGUCUUUGGCGGUGGAGCCAAUCCUGCCCUUGAUUUUCAUCUCAUUUGGGUUUUCUUUUCUGGGUCUAGCCGAACCGAGUCUCUUCCCGGCGGGUUGAUCAGUCCCGAUUUUUGAUCCGAUUUGCAGCUCGAGGGCAUUCCUCCCUCCAGAAUCUCAGCAAUGGCUCGUCUGCUGCAGUCAUUGCGUCGCGUCUUAGGACUGACAUCUUCGGCUCCGGUCCCUCGUUAUGGCCGUUCAAUCGACACCAAUUUUUCCUACUUCCAAGAGGGAGACAGAGUCGUCAUCAAUGGCAAGACACCGCUGUUAAGCAAGCCUCUGCGAAAGGGACAGAAAUCGGACACUCGUCGGGGACAAUUGGAGCAUGACAAUAUCAUCGGCCAGAGGGUACGGGAUCUGGUUCAGGCGCGGAAAGGCCCUGAAUACCGACUCUCCCUCCCCACGCUCGAAGAAUACGUUGCCUUGACACCCCGUCUAGUCACGCCGAUCUACUCACAAGACGCCAAUCUCAUCGUCUCCCUCCUCGACAUUCACAUCACGCCCCCAGCCGAAGAAACAGACCACCCCCAACCACCCCUAGAAAUCCUCGAAUCCGGCACCGGCCAUGGCUCCCUAACUCUCCACCUGGCGCGCGCAAUCCAAGGCGCCAAUUCAACUCCUCCACCACUCCCCCGCAGCUCCCAAGUCACCUACCUACCAACAAAGCCCGGAGAGGUAGCAACACGCAAGAUCCAAUCCCCCAAAGAUGGAGCGACAGACACCGUCAACCCCGACCAAGAAAACUGGGACGCCUGGCGCUCUCAACGCAAAGCAAUCAUCCACAGCGUCGACGUCACACCCAAGACCUCCGUCCACGCCGAAAGCGUCGUCCGGGGCUUCCGUCGCGGCAUCUACACAGGGAACGUGGACUUCUACGCCGGCCACGUGGAGGACUGGAUUGCAGAGCAGAAGAGACAGCGCGCGCCAACAGGUCUACUUUCCUUCAAAAACGAGGUUGAACCGUUCCUGUCCUACGCGAUUCUGGAUAUGCCGUCUGCGCAUCUGCGGAUUCCCCACGUCGCUUCGAUUCUGAAGCGAGACGGCCUCCUGGCUGUCUUCAUGCCUAGCGUGACGCAGAUCGGCGACUGCGUGGAUCUUAUCCGUCGACAGAGACUCCCUCUCGUGCAGGAUAAGGUCGUUGAGCUUGGAAACGGGAUCAGCGGUGGUCGGACAUGGGAUAUUCGUCACGCGGUGAAGAAGUCCCGGGAGAAUGUGUCGGUGGCUUCUGCAUCUGAAUCCGCCGAGGAAGGUUCUGAUUCCGUUGAGGACGGCGCUGCUGAGGGCGAGUCCUCGGACAGCACUGUUUCUGUGCCUGUCUCGCCCGAAGAAUCUCCCAAGGAAGAAGACAGUGUGCUUGUGUGUCGCCCCAAGGUUGGAUCGCGAAUCGUGGGCGGCGGCUUCGUCGGCAUUUGGAGAAAGAUCGAGGAUACGCGGAAGAGCUGAGUGGAAACUUGCUUUUUCCUACAAUCUUUCUACCUGAUUCCCAUAUAUUGGAUACCCAUUUGUACUAUACAUACAUGCUAGCAUAGACACUACUCGUAGACUGUACUAUUACUACCACUACCAAUCUAC